AUGGAAACCCAAAAACUGCUCAUGUUUCCUGUUUGGCUCUCCUCCUUCUUCUUCUUCUUCUUCUUCAACUCGUUUUCAACAGAGCCCCUCCAAUACCAAUACCAGGCCUUCUUCCCCACCUCACUCCCCGAAGUAACCCAAGAUUUAGAAACCCUCUCCUGGGACAUGCCCCAACAAUUCUCUGAUUCCGAAUCCAAAAUGACAUCCAGCAGUACUGUUGUCCUGUACCACAUCGACCACCUCUCCUCGGACUCCAACUCCACCCCGGAGUCCCUCUUCUUGAACCGCCUCCAGCGUGAUGCCAUCCGGGUCGCGGCCAUUGCUACCCGUACCGGAAACUUUAGCAGCCCCAUAAUUUCCGGCUUCUCACAUGGCAUCGGCGAGUACUUCACCCUCAUCGGGGUCGGCACCCCGCCCAAGCCCUUCUACAUGAUCCUCGACACCGGCAGCGACCUCACCUGGCUAGAGUGUCUCCCCUGCGAAACCUGCUACCACCACCAGCUCGACGGCAUCUUCGUCCCUACACAAUCCUCCUCCUUUGCUCUUGUCCACUGCUACGACCUCCUCUGCUAUCUCCUACAGUACCCACUGGGAAGCCCUCAGGAAUGUAAUAAGCAACCUGACCAGCAUUGUCUCUACGAGGUCCAGUAUGGCGACGGCUCCUUCACUAAGGGCGAGUUGUCGACCGAGACACUCACCUUUGGGAAAACCAAGGUGUCCAAAGUACCCCUCGGCUGCGGCUAUCAAAACAAGGCCAGAAUCGGCUCUGCCGCCGGUCUGCUUGGCCUCGGCCACGGGAAACUGUCCUUGCCCAACCAGGUCGGCAUAAACAGCUUCUCUUACUGCCUCACGGACACCUCCAACUCCUCCAGCCAUUCCUACUUGACAUUCGGCAACUCAGUGGUCUCCAAUAACACGAUUUUCACGCCGCUGCUUAGGAAUCCCACGUAUUACUACGUCGAGUUGUUAGGGAUCUCGGUCGGCGGAAAGCGGGUGUCGGGAAUCACACCAUCACUGUUCAACGAGGGCAUGAUUGUGGACUCAGGCACGACCCUGACCUGGCUGCCCCAGCUCGCCUACGAGGCGCUCAGGGACGCUUUUCUGGAUGCCGGGGCUUCCAACCUGAUGCGGGCCCCAAGUGUCUCCAUCCUCGACACCUGCUUCUAUGUGCCCGAAAACACGACGAAGGUGAAGGUGCCGACGGUGGAGCUGCACUUCAAAGAUGCCGAUGUGUCCCUACCGGCGUCCAAUUACAUGUAUCCAGUGGACAACAACGGCACAUUCUGCUUUGCGUUUGCGAACAGGACGGACGGGCCGUUCAUAAUUGGUAAUAUUCAGCAGCAGGGCUUCCGGGUCGUCUACGACCUGGCCAAUAACCAGAUCGGCUUCGCACCCAACAGUUGUUGA